AUGAUUUAUUUUGUCCUUGUGAUCCUUACCAGCCUAGUACCCCUUAUUGAUGCUGGCUAUCAAAAUUCCGGAAACUAUUAUGGCUGGAACCAGCAGUACCAGCAGCCUUAUCAAUACCAGUACCCAUACCAGUACCAAUACCCCCAACAGCAGUACCAAGGAUACAACAAUUACUACAACUACCAGUACCAAGGCUACCCCUACCAGCAACAACAACAGUACUCUAACUACUACCAAGGCUAUAACAACUACUAUUCCCAAAAUUACUGUAACCAACAACCCUGCCAGCCGAAGAAGCCAUACUACGGGAACGACCGAUACAUUGGAAAUGGGAUUCAUGUGGAUUCUCAUGGCAAUGGAUAUAUUGGAGAUAAGAAGACCGGAUGGUAUAUUUUCUGCUCGUCGAGAGGGUGUGUUGGGAGAGGAUGA